AGCGGCGCGCGCGGCCUGCACGCACCGGCGCGGCCCUGGGAAGCGGCCUGCGACCGCUGGACGCGCUCUGCACUUUGGGCCCUAGCACGGCUCAGCUGUCAGUUCCCGGGGUUGAGGAGCAGGAGCGGCCCCAGAGUCUGUCCAACUGCCCGGACCACUUCCGGCGGCCUCGUAACUCGUAACUCCGGGGCGGCCGACCUGGGCGCGGAGGCCCCCUCGGCUCGCCCGGCUGCCGCGCAGACCCCGACCCCGACCCACUCCCGCUCCCGCUCCCGCUCCCGAUCCCGAUCCCGGCUGCAGUGGCCCGGGUGGGGCGUCUGGAAGUUUGAGCCUCGCUCUCCCCGAGGCGGAUUAAGUAGCCCAAGAAACAUUACAUUCAUUCAGGUGCAGUAAAGAUUACACACAGGAAGCGCUAAGUGAGUUACUUGUCCUUCACGUCUCUGCGGCUGAGCUGCUUUCACGGCCAGUGGGGCUGAAUCAGGAUCCACAGCCAGGGCCCUGAGGUGGGCCCAGUUCUGGUAGUUUCCUGCACUGUCACUGGAUGACUCCGUGGAUUUCAAAUAAAAUGUGUCUAAUGGAUUAAUGCUUACAAAGUAUUCAAACACCGAGGGAAAAAGCAAAUUAGACUUCUGUAGAAGGCACCAAAAAACUCAUUCUGUGAAGGAAAAAAGGUGGUUUUGCCACCUAAGGCAGCCCUUGGGUGAGGGUGUCGGGCAGUGAACACGUAAUCCGCAGAAGACUUCCCACGAGUCCUUGGGCCCAUCCUGUACAGACACGCUAGCCGCAGUCCCUGUGAACAGGCAGCCAGUUGCAUCCUUGCAGAGCGGCAUUGGGUAUCUGUGGGUCAUCCUGCCCCCGGACCCGAACUGCGCUCCACUUGGAAGAGACAUGUCAGUCAGGGGCCUGCAGUUUUGCGAACAGAUGGCCUGUAAGGAACAUGCAUCUGCUCGGUGCCUGCCAGGCCCAGGCCUGUGUGCCGAGGGCGCCUGUGACGCUGGGCUCCGUCCCGCCCACCAGUGGCAGCACAGCAGGCCGCCUCUCUUCUGGGAAGGUCCCGUGGUGACUCAUCAGCCUCUUCGUAGUGACUCGGAGCAGCCCAGCCGAGGGCUCCUGUGUGCUCGAGUCUGCUGGGGUGCUUCCCCGUUGACGUCAGUGCUUGCAGGCCCAGGAUCUGAGCUGGCCCUCAGCCCCUAGCCCUCGAUCACUCCUAAAGUAGACACAGGGCACACUGUUUUGAGCUGUGUGUGUAGCCAGACUUGAAUGCGGUUCAUAUCGCCAGCAGAUGCCCCGGCUGCCCGCGCCGCUCGUCCCUUAGGCCUCGGCGGGAGACACAGCAACCGAGAGCGCUGCAGGCAAGAGAGCUGGCUUUGACAAGGCAGUCUGUGUCACGGGCCCCCAGCCCCUUCCGCCGCCACUCACGCAGUGCCGAUGAGCAGGCCUGCGCUGACUGCGCGGAGCGCGGUAAGGUGUCGGAGGCCAGGCUGUGAGCUUUGCCUCGACACAGAUGCCACUGCUGCCGUAAGUGGCGAGCGCUGUGCACAGGGGAGGCAGACAGACAGCUGCUGCAGGAGCCCGCUGCUUGGGGGCGUUUGUGUCAAUUCGGUGGCGCCCGCUGCAGCGGGACAGCUGGGAAGAAGUCCGGUGGUAGUUCCAGAGAAGGGCUCCGUUCUCGGGGGUCUGUGAACUGGGAGUGUGCACAGCCGAGGGCUCACAAACCCCCUCAUGGCAGAAGGGCUGUGGUGGUUCCCUGAGGUGAGACGGAGUGCUGAGUGCGGCAGCUGCGCCUUCCCUUCAGGGAAGGCGAGCCACGCGGCCAAGAGCAAAGACAAAUGCGACUCAGGCUGCGGACUCGCUCCGUGCCCACAGUUGCCGUGGUUUGCGCUGCUGAGCCUGCUCUCUGCUCGGGCUUUGGGGGCAAAGCCUGACCUGCACUGCAGCCGCCUCCCGCUAACAGCUCCUGGGAAGAGGCCUGUGUCCGUGGCCAGAGUCCCCGCUGCCUCUCUGCUGUGCUGGUGGCAGAGAUGUGGGAAGCGGCGCUGCGCCCUUCCCGCGCCACACGGCUAGGGGCGCGGCGCCUCCUGGGCUGCCGGCAGCGGUUCGCCAGGGCGCAGGGCCUGUCCGGGCCCGACACGGCAGCCAGUGCAAAGGGGCUGGAUGGAGAGCUGCCAUCUGUUCUCACUCAUCUCUCAACCACCACGGUCCCGAAAGCCUGUCACAGCGCGACACUCCCCUCCGUCAACCCUCUGGAAACGUGCAGCCACUGUAAGGGACCUAAGUAAACGGGCCUAAAGCAAACGUUUCGCCUCAGUGUAGAGCCCGUCUCUGCACGGGGGGCCCGCCUGCACCGACGUUCACCUGGGGACCCGGCAGGUGGCCCACCAGAGGUGGGCCCUCGCCAGGCUGCUCCUGAGGCUCUGGCUGUGCUCAGUGGUCACCCGGCCGGUCGCCGUGCCCGCGGUGAGUCCUUUCAACCCAAGUCACACGUGUGUCCUGUGCGUGGGCACUGCAGGCUUAGGUGCAGAAAAGCAGGGCUAGGAUUGGAAGCCACAGCCCAGCAUGGCAGGAGAGGACGCGGGGGCCCCACCCGAUCGCCUCUGGGCCCACCGGGAAGGCGUCUACCGCGACGAGCACCAGCGCACGUGGGUGGCUGUCCUGGAGGAGGAGACGAGCUGCCUCAGGGCGCGAGUGAAGCAGGUGCAGGUGCCCUUAGGUGACGCGGCCAGGCCGAGUCACCUCCGCACGUCCCAGCUGCCUCUCAUGUGGCAGCUCUACCCCGAGGGGCGCUACAUGGACAGCAGCUCUCGCCUGUGGCAGAUCCAGCACCACGCCACGGUCAGGGGGGUGCGGGAGCUGCUGCUUCGGCUUCUACCCCACGAUUAACCCGGUGCGCGGCCCUGGGAAGAUGCGCGCCUCCGCCCCCCGCGCCGGGCCAUCGCCUCGCCCCCCACUGCAGUGUACCCAGCGCGGGGCAUGGGGGCGGGAGUGGCUUGAACAACUGCUCACGGACACAAGCUUAGGAAGGGUCGUGCAGAGCCCCACAGGCGGGACUGCAGAGAGGGGGCGCGGGCAGAGCGCCAGUCCACGAACACACCCAGUCAGGACACGUAACUUGAAACCGAGCCCUUGGGAGCGCACCACAGAGCCUUCGCUGGACGACACCACUGGGCCUGGGCCCGAUGAGUCCCCGACGGUCAGCGCCUGCUGCAGGACAGCCACCCUGCUCGCCAAGGACUGGGUACUGACCUAGAGGAGCGCCCGCAACUCGCCCGCCUUUCCUUCUCCCGGCCCGUGAAUGUCUAGGUUUCACUCCUGUUCCCAGCCCGGCCGGCCUAACCCAGGGACCAGAGGCGGGGCAGAAGCUGCCGGCACCGGUGGCACAAGCUGCAAAGGCUCCCGGGCCUUUUCCUUCCCCAAGUUGUGUCUCCGAGUGCCUGGAAGUCGGUGCGCAAACUCGCAAGCACUGGAAUCGCUCCUCUGGCUCGAGGUUGCACAUAAGCGGGCUCCCGCGAGCGCCGCAGGCCGCCAGCACCUGCCUGGUUCCCAGACCGCGUGGCUGCCUGCUGAGGAAAGUUCUGGGUCCAGUGGUCGGGAUGGUUUGAGUCCAUGACAAGUGAGCGUUUCCUUUAGGAAGACCCUCGGGCAUGACAGCUGCGGCCUUGGACCCCCCAGGGCUUUGGCUUUCGGUUUUCUGGAAAUGCCACAGAAGGACCCGUGCCAGAAGCAAGCCUGUGCCAUACAGAAAUGUUUACAAGCCAACAGCUAUGCGGAGGCCAAGUGCCAGGCUGCGCUCCGGGAACUGCGCCAGUGCUGUGCCCGCCUCCCCAAGGGCAGAUCGCUGGUCUGCUCAGGGUUUGAGAGAGAAGAAGAAAGCCUGGCACCAAAGCCACUGCGAAGCGACGUUCUCUGAGAAGUCACAACCGGCCCAAGGCCUCCAGGCCGGCUCCAGCAGCAGCGGGCACCAGACGCACGGCUCAACUAGCCAGUGGCUCCGCCACCUACACAGGGCAGACAGACCCCAAGCAGAAUAAACAUGCACAACGCAAUAAACCCGAGCUGCUAAAAUA